UUUCCGGCCGGAGCCGUUUCCUGCAGGCCCGGGCGCCCCGCCCCCCUCCUCUCCGGGACCCUCUUCUCUCCCUUCCCCGGGCCUCGCUCCCCUUCCCGCCGCCGCCAGCUCCCCGGUGCUCUUCAGAGGCCCCCGUCCCACCGCCAGCUGCAACCGCGAGGGUAGCCCGGGGCCGUUCCGAAGUCGCCCGGACCUGAGAGGCUGCUGCACCGGGCCUCAGUUACCCCUCCGGAUGCUGGUGCUGCUGCCCCCCUGUCCGCGGCCCCAGGUGCGCCCCUCCUUUGAGGCCAUGGAGGCCCCUCCCUCUCGGUCGGCCCGGUCCCCAGAACCAGGCCCGUCCUCCUCCUCGGGCGCUCCCCGGACUUCGUCCCCUGCGCGGCCCAACCACUACCUGCUCAUUGACACCCAGGGCGUCCCAUACACAGUACUAGUGGACGAGGAGGUGCAGAGGGAGCCUGGAACCCAUGGGGCUUCAGCCCAGAAAAAGUGCUACAGCUGCCCCGUGUGCUCCCGGGUCUUUGAGUACAUGUCUUACCUUCAGCGACACAGCAUCACGCACUCGGAGGUGAAGCCCUUCGAGUGUGACAUCUGCGGGAAGGCCUUCAAGCGGGCCAGCCACCUGGCGCGGCACCACUCCAUCCACCGGGCGGGUGGGGGGAGGCCCCACGGCUGCCCGCUCUGCCCGCGCCGCUUCCGCGACGCAGGGGAUCUGGCCCAGCACAGCCGGGUCCACUCGGGGGAGCGCCCCUACCAGUGUCCGCACUGCCCCCGCCGCUUCCUGGAGCAGAAUACGCUGCAGAAGCACACUCGGUGGAAGCACCUGUGAGCCGGGCCGGUGGGGACUCUGGAACCUCUGGGGUGGAGACUGAAGUCAUGGCCCUCAGACGACUGGUAAGAGCUGGAGCCUGGAGAGACAGACCAGCCUCAUCGCAGGGCUCGCCCUGCCUGAAAUAGGGACUCCCGAGGUCCGGUAAUCGGUGGUUUGGGGAUGUGAUGGAAACAAGACCUCAGGGCACAGGCUGGAGUUUGCUAGACAGUAAAGGGUAGCCCUGACCGGAAGAGUGGGGAGUGCUGUUUGUGGAAAUUCUGUGCCUCAAAAGCAUGCCUGGGGGUCGUCGGGGAUCAGCACCAUCUUCCUGAUGUCGGGAAGGGGCCCUGCGCCUGCCUCCCACCUCCCAACCAGGGACAGCCAAUAAACAUCAUUUCCACUUUGA